AUGUCAGAAUCGCCUGUAUCCAAUGGAGUCCCCGAUGAGGAGGAAGAGGCGCUUCAGAGAUUCCUUGGAACGACGUCGUUCGGCAAACAGACCAAAGGCGCUCAAGCCGACCACAGAUUCGAGCAGAGCAAAAGACAACAACCUGUAAUUUCACAACCUGACAAGAAGGCCGACGAUGACUCGGAUUCGGACUCGGAUGACGACGAUGAGGAUGAAUACCCUGUGUCGCAUGAGAUGGUCUUCAAGACACACGACCGACCCGUCACAUCCAUCACGCUGGACGCGUCGGGAGGACGAAUGGUGACUGGCUCCAACGACUGCACUCUCAAGUUUCACGAUUUCGCUUCCCUCACGCCCUCGACCAUCCGCGCCUUUAAAUCCGUUGACCCUUCGUCCGUCAAGGGCUCCGCCUCGUCCGAAACCCACCCCGUCAAUCAUGUCUCGUUCAAUCCCAUCUCGCCUAGUACAAUCCUUGCCAUCACCGCUCAUCCACAACCGCGCAUAUUAGAUCGCAAUGGAGAGACUCUUGCCGAGUUCGUAAAAGGCGACAUGUACCUGCGCGACAUGCAUCACACCAAAGGUCACAUAUCCGAGGUCACUUGCGGCGUCUGGCACCCUCAAGAUCGCGACAUCUGUGCCACUGGAGGAACAGACUCGACCGUUCGUAUCUGGGAUGUGAACAACCCUAGGCAACAGAAGAACGUCAUUGUCCACAAGUCAAGAGCUGCUGGUUCUGCUGGAAGGACACGAAUCACUGCUCUCUCAUGGGCCGCCAGCACUCAGUCCAAUCUUCUUGUUGCCGCCGCCCUUGAUGGCAGUCUGGUUAUGUGGGACGGCAAUGGUCCUUACACCAGACCUGCUGCCGAGAUUCGCGAUGCUCAUACCAAAGACACUUGGACUAGUAGCUUGCAAAUCAGCUCAACUGGUCAACUUGUCCUGACGCGCGGAGGUGAUGAUACCAUCAAACUUUGGGACACCAGGAAGUUCAAGCAGCCUCUGAGAACUGUUGAAUUCCCCUCAAUGUCUAGCCAGUACCCCACAUCCAAUAUCUGCUGGUCGCCAUUAGGUACCGAGGUGCUCACUGGCUCUGCAAAUGGCGACCUCCAUAUCCUUAAUCCUGCUACACUGAAAUCAGAGUUGGUGACUCCAGUGACGCCGGGCUCUGCUCUGAUCAGCGUCUACUGGCACAAAGAGCUGAACCAAAUCAUAACCGGUUCGGCCAACGGAGAGACACAUGUUCUCUACAAUCCCAACAUAUCACAAGGAGGUGCAAAGACUGUCAUGCUCAAAGCCCCCAAGCGUCGUCAUAUUGACGAUGACCCUAAUCUUACCAUGGAUCUGUCUCACGGUAUUGGUGGUGAUGCCGUCAUUUUGCCCGGAGGUUCUGCUCCAUCCGCUGCUUCCUUCGCGUCGAGACACCCUACGAUUGGCCUGACAGCUUCUGGUAAAUCGAGAGAUCCCAGGCGGCCACAUAUCCCCAAUACCACGCCAUUUGCAAAGAGCAAUGCAGAUGAAGCCUACAUCAGAGAGCACAUUCCUCUCAGUGGCAUGCGUGAGGAGGAUCCAAGAGAAGCGCUCCUCAAGUAUGCUGAUAAGGCCAAGAAUGAUCCCAUGUUCACAAAUGCCUGGGCUGCAACACAACCAAAAACGAUAUACGCAGAGCUCAGCGACGAAGAAGAGGAUGGACCUGACAAGAAGAAAGUUAGGCGAUGA